AUGCGACUCCUGAAUCGAGAAAAGCUGGUUGAUUUAUGUUCAGCGCCGAUGGAUAACAUGAAAACAUCCACCAUGGAAAACUUUCUCACAAAAUACCAGAAAACGCAACGGUGUUAUGUACGACCUUGUUUACCUCUGCCGAUAGCACGCAAUCUCAUCUCGCAUUUGAUUAAACCCGCCGCCCAGCUACCCGCCUCGCGCAUACCAGCAGCCCACGAAGCUAUUCCCAAAACUCACGCGUCGCCACCCCGCCGACCCGGCAAAUUCAUAUUACCUCACGUUCCCGCAGCACCACCUCUGCUGAUCCUCGCUUCUAGCCCUGUUCUGCGUGAGGAUUUUGCCCUCCUCCCUUCCAUUGGAAUGCAUUCCCCAGGACGACGGGAUGACAACGCAUUCCCGGUGGCUAGAUUAGACUGA